CUGUAGUUCUGCAGAUUGACGUUGGCAACGUUAGUCUGUGCACAGCGGGACUACAGUACCCAGAGUGCACCGCGGCCCGCAGCCUGUAACCGAGACUGAAGGACGAAGAGACGAUGAUCGUGUUUGUGCGGUAUAACCUGGGGCCAGGGGUGGCCGUGGAGCUGCAGGAGGAGGCAAGUGUGGCCGAGCUGAAGGAGGUGGUGGGGAAUCAGCAGGGAGUCAGACCGGAGCAGCUCAGGGUUCUGUUUGCUGGGAGGGAGCUGCAGAGCUCUGCCACGCUACAGGGUUGUAACCUCCCGGAGCAGAGUACCAUCCAUGUCGUCCUCCCUCCUUCAGGAUCCUCCUCCUCCCGGCUGCUCCUCCUGCAGGAGCGUCUGUCUCUGGUUGGGAAGGAGGAGCAGGACAGCCUGACCAGGCUGGACCUCAGCUCCUCACGCCUCCCCACCACCUCCACCGGCCUGGCUGUGAUCCUGGAGGGGAGCGAUGGAGGAGGAGGUGACGGAGGAACAGAGGAGGCGCAGACUACAGGAGUGAAAGGUGUGCAUACCUGCAGUACUUUCUUCGUGUACUGUAAGAGCUGCAGGUCGGUUCAACCUGGAAAACUGAGAGUUCGCUGUCAGAGCUGCAAACAGACAACACUGACUCUGAGCAGAGGUCCGUCCUGUUGGGAUGACGUCCUCCUCCCUGGUCGUAUCCAUGGCAUCUGUCAAUCAGAUGGUUGUCAUGGUAAUGAAGCGGAGUUCUUCAUGAAGUGUGCGUCCCACCCAACCUCAGAUGACGACCUUUCUGUGGCCCUCGACCUCAUCAUGACCAACACCAGAGACGUGCCCUGCAUCGCCUGCACUGACAUCAUAGACGUGGUCUUGGUCUUCCAGUGUUUGGAGCGUCAUGUGAUCUGUCUGGACUGUUUCCGUCGGUACUGUCAGGCCCGACUGGAUGAGCGACAGUUUGUUCAUCACGCUGUGAUUGGAUACUCUCUGCCCUGUGCAGCCGGCUGCGUCAACUCUCUAAUCAAAGAGCUUCAUCACUUCAGAGUGUUGGGGGAGGAACAGUAUGGUCGGUAUCUGCAGUACGGGGCUGAGGAGUGCCUGCUGAUGAUAGGAGGACUGAUGUGUCCAUCACCUGGUUGUGGGGCGGGGCUUCUCCCCUCAGACGGCAGCAGGAGGGUGGAGUGUGACAGACGUGCGGGCUGUGGCUUUGUCUUCUGCAGAGACUGCAGAGGGCGCUACCACGAGGGGGCGUGUCAGACGCAGCCAGCCCCGCCCACAGACCAGGCCUCACAGAGUUUUGUGGUGGGGGAGGAAGCGUCUCUUAGAGGGAGGUGGGAUCAGGCGUCUCAGCUCCUCAUCCAAGAGUCGACCAAACGCUGCCCUCAGUGUUCAGUUCCUGUGGAGAGAAACGGUGGCUGCAUGCACAUGCAGUGUCCUCUGUGCAGAGCGGAGUGGUGCUGGAUCUGUGGAGUCUCCUGGAACAGAGAAUGUAUGGGAAACCACUGGUUUGGAUAAACACACCUGCUCAGGUACAACAGCAGCUUCUCAGACAGGAAGACAGCACCAGAGGACCGUGGGAGAUGGACGCCUCCCCAGCUCAGAUCUGGACGAGUCAGCGGAGGAACGUGAAAUAAACUGACUUCAGAUCAGAUUCAGUGUCACACUGAUCAUGUGAUCGGAGCGUCACAGGUUCAAGAUUGCUGAACAGGAAACAACAUGGAGAUUGAAUAAAGUUUAAACGAAAA